CCGAACGUCGCUCUGCUGGUCUUCUUUCCCCACGCCUUCCCUUCCUAGCGCCGGCGACCUCGGGGGGAGCGUCGCCGCCCGCCGAUUGUUUCGUCCGGCGACGAGCGUCCGGCAGCCGCUGCUCCUCUCCUCCCCGCCAGAUCCGGUGGGCCGGCGACGGUGACGGCCUGACGGGCGAUGCGCUGGGCGGGCCUCCGUCGGCCCGAGCAGCUCACGGCCGCACCAUCUGGCAGGUACUCAGCCAUGGUGUUUCUUGAGGCGGAGAUGUCAUGGAAUGUGUUGAUCUCACCUAGCCAGCUGGACCGCAAGGGCCUCCUGCUCCGCAAGGGUAUCAUUGUACGUCUUCUGGAGGAUGUUACGAAUAGGAGGGCUUCCAAGGAGCAUGGCUACUACGUUGCCGUCAAUCAGCUGAAGGCGAUAUCUGAAGGCAAAGUGCGUGAGCUAACUGGAGAUGUUCUGUUCCCAGUUACGUUCACCUGCAUCACGCAGAAGCCUAUGAAGGGUGAGGUCAUGGUUGGACACGUGGAUAGGAUCCUCAAGCAUGGCGUGUUUCUCAAAUCUGGUCCCAUCGAGAGCAUCUUCAUGGCUGAGAAGUCGAUGAGCGACUACAAGUACAUUGGUGGGGAGAACCCGAUCUUCAUGAAUGACCACUCGAAGCUGGAGAAGGGCACUGCUGUGCGUUUCAAGGUCAUGGGGUUCCGUUGGAUGGAAGCUGACCGCCAGUUCCAGCUUCUUGCUACGAUCGCUGGUGACUUUCUCGGGCCGCUGUGAACUGCUUCCACAGGUUAAAUGCGAUUCUGAUGUAUAUUGCCCAUCAGAUGGUUGAUGGAUGGGUGGAUCUGAAGUGUUAGAAUGAACUUUGCAGUCAGCAGUUUCUCUUUAGUGGCAACACAUGGCUGAUGUCUUAUCUGACGGUAAUGCUAUCCACUGAUGCCAGAGACAUUUGGCUCCGUGGUUUUGACAUGUCAGUACUCAGUAUGCUUGCUUGCAAAGUUGCAAGUGCACGCUACUUGGUGUUCCCUGAUCUGGUCAGUGGUUGGAUUUGCAUUUGUA